AUGGACAAGCACACGAGCUACGAAACAUGCAGCACCUUAACGGUUGAGUCCUCCGGCUCCCUCACCGAAAACAGCUACUUGAUCGAAAAAAUAGUAAACGAUGAAGAGGACUCAGAGGACGACUCCAUAUACAACAAAGUCUCCUCAAGUCUGAUAGCGAUGCUGCAGGGCGUCGAGGUGCUCUGCAACCUCUCCAUUUUGUAUCUCUUCAAGGACAACUACAAGGUGCACCCCGCAACCCUUAGUGUAAUCCUGAGUCUGAUAAAACUCCCCUGGUCGAUCAAGCUCCUCUGGGCAAUCAUCUCGGACAGCUUCCCCAUCUGGGGGUUCCGAAGAAAAUACUACCUGCUCGUUGGGUCCCUACUAUGCAUCCUCUCACUGCUCGCGUUAGGCUCGAUAAACCACACGAACAUUACCCUGACAGUGGGUCUGCUAAUGAUGUACUUCUUUGGGAGUUCCCUAUGUAACGUCAUAGGAGAAGCGCAAGUGGUGGCCUCCAGCCGAAAGGGCACAGUGAAAUGCUCAGCCCAAAACGUUUCCGUCUUCUUUGGAUUCAGAAAAUUAAGCUUUGCAAUUAUGUCCUACCUAUCUGGGUACCUCCUAUCCGUGAUGACCAAGCAGCACAUAUUUCUGAUUGGUGCGUUUCUACCUGUCCUCGUAUUGGUAUCUUCUUUUUUCAUCAAGGAGAGAAAGAGUUACAAAAAAUGUUCUAUGAAGGAUCAAGUCAAGUGCAUCUAUGACAUGGUGAAAAUCCCACACGUAAAAAAUUUUAUCAUUUUUAUCUUCCUGCUCAUGUCUAUGCCAUCAUGUGGAAGUACUUUAUUUUUUUAUAUGACCAAUGAAUUAAAUUUUAGUCCUGAUUUGUUGGGGAAAAUGGCUAUGUUCCAAUCUUUGGCUAGCUUACUAGCCAUUUUAUCUUAUAUGAUUCUAUUCAGCACAAUAGAUGUAACCAAAUUGAUUCUGUACUCCACCAUCAUUAUUACUCCCCUCUGUUUGCUACCGCUAAUUGUUGUGAAGAAGCUGAACCUCUUUCUGUACCUUCCCAACAGCCUAUUCAUCAUUACGGAUACUGUCCUUAUAGAAUUUAUUGCGGAAUUUCAGACUAUGCCUAUUUUAGUCAAAUGCUCACGUAUCAUUCCUAAAGGGUUCGAGUCCACCAUUUACUCUCUCUUUUUAUCUGCCAACAAUUUGGCCGUCAUUACUAGUUCCUUCCUUUCGUCUUUGCUGACUUAUGGACUGCAUAUCACUUCAAGAGAUUUUACAAAUUUACCCCUCAUGAUAAUCAUUUGCUGCCUCACCAAUAUCAUCCCCAUUCUCUUUUUAUGCCUUUUCCCCAUCUUCAACGAAACAGCCAAGGAUGUGCAGAAGACCCCCUGCUCGCCUCCCCCCUACGGCACAUACGAAACGACACACUGCGUGUCACUUGACAACUCGGACGAGGAGACGUGCCUUUCUCGCGAAGUCCGGGUGGGCGGCAUCCUCGAGCAGUUCUGA